GGAGCAUUCUCCAAGAUCAUCAUCGCCAUUUCAUGCUUCCGCCAUCCGCUGUUAACAUCAAAGGAAGAGGUACUUACCUCUGUUCUCUGCUUCAGAAGUCAGUCCGAUGACUUCGAAGGCUGAUUCCAACGCUUUAGUCAUUAUUGUAGACUCCAUCCCAGAGCCGUAGUUCGAGGGUGAAUUCCUUCCCUCCCACCGUUGCUCAUUGCAUAUCUGUCAAUUUGCAUGAUGACUCAUCUGGAUCAAGAUAGGGUAGAUGUCCCUGUUACCACCCCCAUCAAAUCCAGUUCUAGCUGCGCUACUGACGUCUUUCCGGUCCGUCGGCUAAAAUAUUGUCAUUUCUGGUGUAGGAUCCAGAUUGCAACAUCAUCACCAGUCAUCGUCGCCUGUGAUAUUGAUUCAAAUCCCCUUCUCUAGGCCAUUUUUGCAAUGAAUCGUUGCCGCCACCAGCUGCUCGUCGUCACCUAAAUUCACCCCAACCUCACAGUGCCACCACUUUGAUGACGGUAAGGAAGGGAAGAAGCAGAGCAGUAGAGUUCGCCGCAAUUCCCCCCUCGUUGAUCAACAUCGCCCUUUCUUCUGUUGGCCACUGUUUCAGAAUUUGUCAUUGUUCGUUGCUUCUCCGCAAUCGCGGCUCGUCAUUGCUAUCUCAACGAGUUAGAUCUAGCAUCAGAUCCACCGCCAAAAGCGACUGCACCGCCUGGUAUUCGGCAUCUUCUCAACCUCCAACCCAGCCAUCAUCAUCACCUCUUGUACCUCGUGAUGUGACAGUCUCUACCGACAAUUCGUUUCCUUUUUCUCUCCAGCUGCGUCAACAAGAUUGCCAAGAUAGUUGAACCAAAGAGAAGGAAGAAACUGAGAAGAAGGAGGCGGAGAAACCUAGUCUUGGCCUUUUGGGAGUGAAAGACGAAAUGCAGAGGCACCUUCCAGCUCACGGUUCGCGCUAGCAGUCAACAAAAUACGGAUUGGGCCAAAUCAAACUUUUCACGUAGUCAAGUUUUCUAUUCCAAGAUGAGAUGCGGCCAGUUCCUCUCCUUUCAUUGGGUCAAAUUUUAUGAAAGUGAUGAACUAUAUUAAUGAAAGCAUUGCAGAGUC